GCAGACGACCACCAGACUACAAGCAGACGACAGCCGCCGAUACAUCGUUACUGGCCAAACAGAAUAAAUGUGUGCAAACCUUACCGACCAUAUCAGGACAGAAGAACAUUAGCGGACUUUCACAUCAUAACACAGUCAAAUGGACGAACUAUCAACCCUAACUGUUCAAAGGAGAAUUAUUGACGUAGGAAACAAGCCGAAAUGUUAGUUACAGCACAGGCUACAGUGUAAGAAGCUGUUCGGACUUCACUAAGAAACGACAUUACAACGUAACAUCUUAAAUGAAAGUCGUUCGGAAAUAGUUUGACAGAAUCACAACUGGAUUCAAAACGAUAUUAAUAAAAAGCUAAGGUAUGAAUUGAAUGUGAACGGCGGAAUAAUUUUAAAACUCGUUGUGGAACUCUUUCACGAGGAACUUACUUGUCCAAGGUUUAUAUCACAAGGACAAUACGCCAAGAAGCAGUGACCACACGAGCACUCCAUAUAAGGAAGUGAACGUGUGAGUAGGCCAUUAUAGGUUAUAACCACCUUACUGUUUCAAUGGUCAGGGCGGAGAGGUUCCAAGCAUGUGUGUCAUGUUUACACUGGGUUCUCAGGAAAUAUGGAUCGGUACCUUACGAGAUUUAGUAUGUGUAAUAUAAACCUACAUAGUGCAAUAUAAAAUAGGGGUUUCACCUAAAGUGAUUGAUACGGUAUGGUAUGAAUAUUUGAAAUUAAAAAAUCAUAGAUUUAUUUAGUGUCAAUCAUUGCGACCUGGCGAAUUUAAAGUGAAGCUGCUUUUGUAGUGAUUGAUUGUGUUUGGAUAUGGUCAAGACCACUAUCCAGGAGAAUGUGAUUGCAUUGUGAAGCGUUUUGUGGAGUUAGAAAACGACUGUCAAUAUUUGUGAAUGUCUGUUAAGGCCUUGGUCCAUCCACAGUACACAAAUGUUAAAGACACGCGAGUGAUGGCUAACACACAUAUCUAUUAUACAGUUCAAUAACAACUUAUGGAGAAACCAAAUCAAAUGUAAUAGAGGCAAAUGUAAAUGUUAUACAACCGGCUCUUGCUUUGUUAUUAUAUGGUGGUUUCAGGAAGACGUGUGGAUGCUACCUAGUCUUUAGUUGACGUGUGGAUUUUACCUGUCUCAGUAUCAACAGUUGAGGUGACGAGUGGAUUCAUUAUCAGGUAUUGAGGUGAAGUGUGGAUUUCAUCUGUUGCAGUUAUCCUCUUUGAGGUGACAGUUGUGUAUUCGACCUGAUUAAGGGGGAUGUGUGGAUUUUUAUCUACGUUGACGUAGUACUGGAUGCACGUGCUGGACUAUGACGUAGUUAAUGAACAUGGAAGAGAAUAACGUGAGGAUGAUGUUGAGGAUGUUUGCUGCUAUGGUUUUGCUGGUUUUGACACCUGCCUCUCAAGGGCGUACGACCGAAUCCCCUUUGGAUAAUUUGAGAGGUCCUAUAUUUAUUUCGGAACCUCCAAGUUCAUUGACGUUCGGAAACACGAAAGGCGCAGCCGUUCCAUGUACAGCGUUUGGUCGUCCCGCUCCUACCCUUGACUGGAUUAAAGAAGAUGGCACUGCUGUCGAAGACAUUCCGGAUAUCCUCGAGAUUCUUCCAAACAACACCCUUUACUUCCAUCCCUUCGAUGCCACGGAUUUCAUCGCUGAUGUACAUACGCACACGUACAGAUGUGUCGCUUCAAACGACGCGGGGAUCAUCAUCAGCAGGGACAUGGAUGUCAAAGCAGUGUUGGUGGAUGAAUACACGACGUACCAUCUGACGUCAAACGAGGUUUGGGCGAUGCGAGGCAGCACUGCCGUAUUUCGCUGCAGCAUUAACCCGUAUUUCGUCAAAGAUUAUGUCAAAAUCGUCGGCUGGGUACAGGGCACCAACCCAAUCGUGGAAGAUGAGAGGAUCAGUCUGCUGUAUGAUGGCGAGUUGCACAUCCGGGACAUCAGGGACGCCGAUCAGUUCACGACCUACCGUUGUGUGGCAAGAAACACGCUAACAGGGGAAGAGAAGUCGAGUUCAUACGCCUAUCUCACCGUUCAUGAUCCUCCUGUCGGCUGGAUGGCCCCAACAAUGGAUGACGUAUCACGAACAGUCAAGGUCAAAGAAGGUGAAGCUGUUGAAAUCCCAUGCGUCGCUAGUAGCAACCCGUUACCGAAAUACCGCUGGCACAUGAACUCUCCCACGACAAGCGUUGUCAUUGACAAUACCCAUUUUGUCCAAAAAGGGGGUAAUUUGGUGGUCAAUACGGCGACGGUGAGGGACAGUGGUCACUUCAUAUGUAAUGCGUCUAACGAACAUGGAUCAGCCACAGCCGUCACCGAGCUCAUCGUUACCUCCCCACUUAUAACGUACAUUGACCCGCCGACACAGAUGAUUGACUCCGGACAGACAGCUGUUUUCAACUGUACCGUGUCGGGUUAUCCCAUUACAUCUAUCACGUGGUACAAGAACGGAGAGCUAUUGGUUGCUGACGACAGGAUUUCCAUCCAAUCAGAUACAGUGUUAGAGAUUGUUGACAUCAGUCGUCAGGAUCAAGGAAUGUACCAGUGCAUUGUGACCAAUGACGAGGCCAGCUCACAGGGGACGUCACAGCUUCUGCUCGGAUCUGCUCACCCUUCCUUUAUUGAUACUUUCGUCGACCAAUUUGUGCUGAACGGUCAGAGGACGUCGUUACGCUGUACAGCGGCGGGAAACCCAACACCACGCGUGACGUGGACUUUGGAUGGCGCCGCAAUACCUGAUGAUCCCAAUGUGCACGCGGGCAGCUCCAUGGACUCUCUGGGGAUUGUGGUUAGCUACGUCAACAUCAGCAGUGUACAAAUCACGUUCGGUGGUGAAUAUACAUGUACGGCUAGUAACGACGUCGGAACUAUAUCUUACACGGGCAGAAUCAACGUCUACGGUAUCCCUUAUGUGCGGAAGAUGCAAAACUUGACCGCUACGGCCGGAGAACCACUGUCCAUCAGGUGCUAUGUCGCUGGUUAUCCGGUGAAGUCCAUCAAGUGGUCAAAAGGUGGCUUUGUCCUGCCCCGGAAUCAUCUUCAGGAUGUCGUCAACGGAACGCUGACAAUCAAAAAGGUCCAAAAAUACCAAGACAUCGGUCAGUACACGUGUACUGCCAAGAAUGGGGAUGGACAAGGCAAUGGUAGCAGUCUAUUUAUCACUGUACUCGAACCACCGAAGAUAGACUCGUUCAACUUCCCGCGUAAGAAGCAGGGGGACCGCGUUGUGGUGUCCUGUGUGGUCAGUAGUGGUGACCAGCCCUUAGAAAUAAAGUGGACGAAGGACGGCGAAGAGAUCCCUCCGGACAUGGGAAUCACCAUCACGACGGUUGGCAGUUACAGUAGUAUGUUGUCCAUUGGUGACGUCAGCCCCACCCAUAACGGCAACUACACCUGUCAGGCACAGAAUGACGCCGCCGGGGUCAACUUUACCGCCCCUCUACACGUGGAUGUUCCGCCACGCUGGAUAAUUGAGCCUGAGGACUCGUUUGUGAUCCUGAAAGGAACGGUGGCCCUUGAUUGUCUGACAGCUGGAACCCCUAGUCCCUACAUAAUGUGGAUGAAAGCUGCCGGUACCAAACCAGGUAACUACAUGGCUCUGGAGUAUCUCAAGGAUGAUGCUGAGAAUGCUACCGACCGGAUGCAGUUGCUUAGCAACGGGACUUUGAUCAUCCGGGAAUCCGAAGAAUCAGAUCAUGGUUACUAUCUAUGUCAUGCAGACAACAGAGUCGGAGUGGGACUCAGCAAAGUCAUCUUCCUCACCGUUCACAUUCCCGCCCGGUUCGACAGUCACAUGAAAAACUACACAGUUAGACGCGACCAUAACAUUACUAUGGACUGUCAGGCUAUUGGAGAUAAACCACUGGCGGUUACGUGGAGCUUCAAUGGACAACAGCUGAGUACGCUACCAAACCCCAGGCGAGAUAUGAAGACUGUUAGCACGACACGGGGUAAGCUGUCUACUCUGGCCCUACAUCCUACUCUGAGAGAAGACACUGGGUUCUACGUAUGCUUUGCCAAAAACAAAUUCGGAAACGGCGUCCAGUCGAUGAGACUCACUGUCUUAGAGCCCCCCGAACCACCGGCUAACCUGACACUUGUGAAGGUGAUGAGCCGGAAUCUCACCGUAUCCUGGUCACAGCCCUAUAACGGAAACACGCCCCUCCUUUACUACAGCAUCGAGUACAUCAACUCCUCAGGUGUAUGGCAGGGAGUCCUCCCUAACGUUACGGUCGAGUCCAAAUUCCUGACAGCAACCCUUACCGACCUUCACCCCGCGUACGUCUUUUACGUCAGAGUCAGGGCCAAUAACUCCGUCGGGUUCGGACUGCCCAGCGAGCAAAUAUCAGUCGCCAUGGAUGAGGAAAGACCGUCCGGACCGCCCCAGAAAAUACAGAUCAAGGCUAUCGGCUCAGAGGCUCUGAAGAUUUUAUGGAUGCCGCCCAAAAAGUCGGAGAGAAAUGGAGUAAUCAAGGGGUAUUACAUUGGGUACAAGGAGACGAGUAGUCCGUCCCGGUUUAUUUACAUUACCAAGGCUGUAGAGGGAGAGUUUGAGCCCGUUCUUGACAUCCACAACCUAGAGAAGUUCACGGAGUAUACCGUUCACAUCAAGGCGUACAACGACAUGGGUCAGGGUCCCAAGUCUGUUGACUACAGCGUGUUCACACUUGAAGAUGUACCUAGUCAACCUCCUCAGGGUGUCCAGGCGAACGCCAUCAAUUCACAGGCAAUCAAGGUGAUCUGGUCCCCGCCUCCUCUGUUUACACUGCACGGGAUCCUACAGGGAUACAGAAUCCUCUACAAACCUGUCAGGAAGGAUGAAGAUGAAAGUGACGCUAACAUUGAGACGUCUUCCAAGUUGGAAGUAACGAUCAGUAACCUCCAAAAGUAUACGAACUACAGUAUUCAGGUACUGGCCUACACACGGAAGGGCGAGGGUGUCAGGAGCGACCCAAUCUACGUUAGAACUCAAGAGGAUGUUCCUGAGAGACCAGCAAACAUCAAAGUCCUACCUGUUAAUUCCAGUUCCGUUUUGGUUGCUUGGAAACCACCUCACCAUAGUAACGGCCUACUUAAUAAGUACACCCUAUACGUGCGUAAUGGAUCCGAUACAUCACAGGAUGCUGCACUUGACGUGACCCCCACCCUGACAACAUACCUGAUGUCAGAGCUUCCCGUUAACAUGGACGUGUUUGUACAAGUAUCUGCAACGACCCGGAUCGGGGAAGGGGAGAGAACGCAUGUGGCAAAGGCUUCUCCACUAGAUAAAGUUGCGGCCAGGAUCGCUAGUUUCUCGGACGUAUUGACGAUACCAUGGCAACACCCUGUGACCUUACCGUGUAUGGUAGUUGGUGACCCUGCUCCAAAGGUCAAGUGGAUGAUGAGAGGCGGUGAGGUUGUGGUGAAUGACAGGAUACAGGUGCUACAGAAUGGUUCCCUAUAUAUAACCUCUGUUGUGGGUGGGGACGCUGCUAAUUACACGUGCACGGCUGAGAACGUGUUCGGGUCUGAUUCCAUCGUGUUUGCCAUCAGUGUACAAGUCAGCGAAAAACUUGGAACUCCUCCCAAACCUCCGAAGUUGUUCAUUGCCGCCACAACGUCGUCCACCAUACAGGUCAACUGGAGGUCAAGCAGUAAUGGCGGGAGCCCUAUUCAAGGGUUUGAGUUGAACUAUAAGAAGGAGUUCGAGGCCUGGCGAAAGAUGAAACUUGGAGCCUUAAACCGGACGUACACGGCCUCGGCCUUGUUGUGUGGUACCGUGUACAGGUUCUAUAUAUCGGCGUUUAACAGGCUUGGUACCAGUAUCAGUAGUGUACAACUAACUGUCCAAACCAAUGGAUCAACUCCCAUCAUGCCUCCUCAGAGCAAGCUCCUCAGAUCCAUAAAUACAACCUCUGUUGACCUUGACAUGACGUCAUGGAAAACUGCCGGUUGUCCUAUCCGGUUCUACUCUGUAAAGUACCAGGUAUGGGGCGACGAUGAGGUGGUCGAAGUUUCCAACAGCGUUAACAGGAACACGUCGAGUUUCACUGUGCAAGACCUGCAUCCUGCCACGUGGUACAUGAUGGUGGUUACCGCCCACAGCGACGCUGGGUCAACAGAAAGUCACCUCAAGUUCGCCACGCUUACCUACCACGGAAGUACAAUUAUGCCUAUCUACGUCGCAAGAAAAAUGGAGACGCGAUUUUAUGAAAAGGCGCACAUAAUUAUUCCCCUUUGUGCUGGUAUAGUGGCGCUGUGUGUUAUGACCGUUGGAAUACUCCUCUACUGCAGAAGGAGGAGAGAAAUGCAUCACAUCAAAGAAAACGCCUCGAACCUACGAAGAGAUAUAACAGCAGAAACGUCUUUGAUGAAUGACCUUGACAAGCGCCUAAAUCUUGACCUUGAUAGUAGUAGUGGGAACUCCGAGCCGUUUGGCAAGAGGAAUGUAAACCUUUUGAUAUCUUUGAACUCGGACGACAACCUAACAGGCAACAGUCACACGUGGUUCGGUCUCCAUGACAACAGUAAAACCAAUAGCGACAAUGGAUCGUUUGAUAGAUCCGGAACAGACGAGGACGGAAACAUCAAUCCUUACGCCACAUUUAACCAGCUCAAACAGGUGUUGGUAGAGAAGAAUGAUAUGGGGCGAAAUGACGACAUGAUGUUACCCGAGUUUGACGACAUCAGUCUGGAGAAGGCGCAGGCGCAGAAAUGUAUGUCAACUCCGUCAGAACCGUACGUCCCAUUUUUCCACAAAGCCGAACAUGAGGCGAGGGACCCCAACCCUCCCCUAGUGCCUAUGCGGGACCAAAGUGCCAAACAGGCCGGAUACGACAACCAAGGACUGAUAUUAAGUCCGCGGAAGUACGCCAGUGCGGAACAGAUCCACGCUCUGUUUACACAAUGCCCACCUAGGCCACACAGUACUUACGGCAAAUCAAAAUCAGGGUCACAUGGAAGCUCUGAUGAGAAAGGAAGUCAGAGACACAGUGUGAUCUCGAGCGUAACGACAGUAUCAUCUAGCCGUGACGAACUGCUGGAGGCCUUGGAGAACGCACGGAAAAACCCUCCCCCUCCGGUAGUGUACGAGUCGCCCCAGGACUCGAGCUCUGGCCCAACAGAUAGUUCAGUAGCCACGGAGCCUGGUAUCGUACAGUUCACCCAGUCUCCACCUAAACCAAACGAGCAGCGACAGGCAGCGUGCGAGGUCCCAGGCUACGAGUGUGCCCAAGGGAAACCUAAACGUUCCAUGAAGAAGGAAGCAGAGAGUGACACAACGGAUCGAGAAACCACAGACGCUCCACGCGAGACGUUCCACCCGCGCAGAACACGUGGUCGCCACCGCGGCAAACAGCGCGGGACAAUCGCCAAGCGUCAAAUCAUUCCAGCAUUCGUACCAAGAACCCACAGUAGGACAAGUACCACCAGCAGUGAAGAGGUCACGUACACAUUUGGUGGGCGUGACUCACCACACUCCAUUAGUCCGCUAGACGGCGCCUACCAGUCUUACCGAAAGGCAGCCGAGAAACAUAAGAAAGGUAUGAGGACAGUAGGUCGGAGUACCCCGCACGUGCGGACCCGGUACGACACAGCAUUAGCCACUCCUGGCACGGACGAGCACCGUCCACUAGUCAUGUCGCUCGCCGGCCAGUCUAUGACCAGUCCGGCCGAGGAAGAUGAAGAUGCAGUUAGUCUGUUGGACAGGUAUUACCGCCCAGUCCCUGAUGAUGACGAAAUUGCUGACAGCAGUUCUGCUCAAAGAAAGAACAAAGGAGACAAAGGAUAUACUGAAGACUUUACUAUCGUAUAACAGGAGUUCAAAGGUUACACGAAUGACGUCACACUCGUCUAUAUAGACAGGUCAAAGGUUACUUGGAAACUUAACAAUCGUCUAGGGAGCAAAAGUUUAAAUGACUUACCAUGCUUCAAAGUCCACGAUUUUUAUUAUGAGAAAAGCCGGCAAAACUUAUUCUUCAACAACAAAAAUGGACGACGAAAUGCGGAAACCAUAAGGAAGUGUAGGGCGAUGUUAUCUUUGUUAGAUUGUAUGUGGAACAAAUGAAAAGUCAUCAUUUCAAGAUAUGUAGAUAUAUACUAUCUACUCUUGUCUUGAAGGCGCAGUUCUGCAAAUAAAGAAGAAUGUUCACGUUGGGCGCAAGCGUCUGUUAAGGGAAUUAUUCUACCUUUAAAAAUAUGACCUUGGACUUGUGAGGUCACUAAUGUAAUCAAUUCAAUUGCUUUUACAUUCCGGGAUCAUAAAAAAGUGCAAUAGAAAAAACACGUUAUUAAUUAAAUCAUUCCUUGUUGUGAUUUUGAUAUUUGAAGACACUGGUCAAGCUGCCAGUCGAGACCUUCGCCGAUACUACUGUUGUUGUCAACGUGAGCUGCUCACUUACACUUGUUGCUUUCGCGCCAUUUUCAUCCAUUCAUAAUGACGUCAUCACUCAUGAAAUGAAAACUAAUUCAUCGUCAUUUCUGUCAGCAUUCAUAUGAACGCUUUGUGGCCCUAGAUUCAAGAAUGUGCGAAUGUCCUUAAAAAAAGGACAAAAUAAAUGAUCGCUAUUACCUGUGUAGCUAUACGAAUAUACGAGUCGAUGCAAGGAGAAUGGAAUACGGCUUACCUUUCAAUAUGAGAAGCAUUUUCUCACCUUGUUCUGGGAAGACUAAGAUGAUUGGAUAAACCGAGGUGCAAAUGUAUGAUGUCAUAAUAUAAUAUAUGACGUCAUCAAAUCGUGUCUUUGUCCUAUUGCCAUACCGGAUGUACGUUAUUUGAGGAGACAAUGAACCUACUGAAUUGACUAUAAGAUUACCUAUCAAAAGACUGCAUCAAAUAAUGAUCAAUUCAGUUUCAUAUGUGCGGAUAAGAGACAGGUUGUAGUUGUAAGAUACAAAAAAAUAGCUUGAAAUUUAGCGAGGCGACAUGCGUCAAAAUUAUUAAUACUACUGAAAUCAGUGUGUAUAUAUAUUCAUUUGACUGACAAGAGUUAUGAUCCUCAAAAUGUUAAAAUUUCCAGAUAAAUUUUUAUGUGUAGUAGGAUUAUAAUUACUUUGCAUGGUCACAAUGAAAAUUAUGAACUUGUUAGUAAACAUGAGAAUAUCAAAUGUUGGUAAAGACAAAGUAAAUGAAGCCGUUAAACCGCUAUAUCAGUGUUACGAGGCCAAAACGACAAUACGACGUGUUGGAAGGUUGACCAACAUAUUAUAGGUGUGGGUAUGUAAAACUCGGUAAACAGCUUUUUGUCUGUAACAGAAGUAAUUUUCGUGUUGAAGACGUAUAUUAUAUAUAUGUGGACUUUUAUGAUAUUGUCAAUUAAUGUUUGCGACUUUCGAAUAAUUUAUUACAUUAUUUAUUUCUUGGACGAUAUUAGGGACUUUGUGUGCAAUAUGAUAUAUUAUACGUGUAGCUACUUCAUCUAAAUAACUGGGGAAAAAAAGAAAAUAUUAUUUAUAUUCCAGACAGCUAUUCUUAAAACUUAAAAUAAUAUUCUGUCCUUCAUGUUGAUGAAUUUUAUACGUUGAUUUAUUUUACACGAAAAACGCUGAAUUGAAAUAUUUUUAAUAUUUUAAGUUUUAUAUUUUAAGAUAAACCUAGUCAGUCCCUUCACUGCCAGUAUUACAAAUACCCGGAUGUGUCAUUAAUGCCCCGCCAACGCUUUCUCUAGACACGAUUAGUUAGAAUUUGACUGGUCAUACAUAAAUCAAAUGCUAAGAUAGAUUAAUGAUAUGCCAAAAUCUGCGACAAAGAAUUAAUUUCUUUUUACAAAAUGUUUGCCAGUUUUUAUGACUAUCAUAACGGUAAUGAUCAUAUACAAAAUUGUGUAUCCAGUCAGAUUUAUAAAUAAACGUUUCUUAGAAUAGCAUUGGACAUUGUUAUCGAGACUGUUUUUAUCUUUGUAUGUAUCUACACACGCUUUACGCUACGGUGUUCCUGUCACAAGCUUCUCGUUGAUGUGAGCACGUGGUAAUCAAUGAGAAAAUAUUAAUUGUUAACAUUUAAACAUGAAGGAUAGCAAUUGCCUAGAAGCAACUUAGUCUGCAUUCUGAUGCUAAAAAAGGGAUAAUAACUCUCAAGUUAUCUCCCAUUGACUGCAAAACGUUGCAGUUUAUUAUUAGAGAUUUAGAAUAAGGCUUAGGUAAUGUUUUGAGACGAAAACAUUUUUUGCAGAUAGUUAACGGUUCGAACUUUUUUGUUUUGUUUGUUUUAAGCUACAUCGUGAAGGUGUCGUUUCCAGGUUGAGACGAUGUCUUGAUUGUGAGCGGUUAUUUCGUAACAUAAUGGUAGUUCUACAAAUGGCGCCAAGCAAAUUCUCGCUGAAUUAUUUCUAUCAGAUAUGCUAUUUCCCAGGCACAAAAAAUAUUCGAUCAAUUUUUAAAGUAGAUAUAUUAUAUCUGUUCUAAGUAAUUAAAGAAUGAUGAGUUUGUUAUAAUUAACUAAUUGUAUCCGAAAAUAUGCAUUAAAGCAUAAGGUAUCAUGUAUUUCAAAGAAAAUUUGCAAGAAUCCAUAUUUUAUUCGUUAAAUUAUUUGAAAUAUAUAUAUAUAUAUUGUAGUAUGUUUGCCUGUUAGCAAGCUUGCUCUUCCUAUUAGUAUUAGUGAGUGUAGUAUACAGAUAAUGUAUCUAUUAGACUGUUUGAGCAUUUGUACAUUACUUGUAUUAUUUAUUAUAUUCAAAACAUUGUAUAUUCUGCAAAGUUUCUAAUAAUUUAAAGUAUUGUCCGUAUUUUUCCAGUAGACAUUUCUUGCUGGAUUUGUAUAUAUUUUAAUUUGUACGCAUAUGACGUCACAAGUGCAAACUACAGAACAUUGCUACAAUUAGUUAUUGACAGUCUGCAUAUGUGGUUUGUAUUUGUUACAUGUUAAAAUGACACAAAAUACCCAUAUAAUUAUUUGUGGUAUAUUGGUUAUAUAUAUAUACUAUA